CGCUGGUGGUGAAUAUUGCCUUGGCUCGCCGGCUCGGAGGGGCGCUCCAGCGGUUUGGCGGAGCCGCUUGGCCUCGCGCCCCUCCAGCCCAUCCACCACCCACACACUCCUCAGCCGCCCCCCCACACACUCCUCAGCCGCCCCCCACACACUCCUCAGCCGCCCCCCACACACUCCUCAUCCGCCCAGCCACCUUCUCAACCAAAUCAGCCAUACAUCCAUCCAUCCAUCCGGCAGCGCUCGCUCGCCCAUCAAUCCAGCCACGAUCUCCACACCGCCCGCCGGGUGCGUGAUGCUGGUGGACCAAGACAUCGUCGGCGCUCUGAGCUCCACGAGGAUGAGGGGCCUGGCCUCCGUGCUGCUGGGAUUCCUCAAGCAGAGGGGAGCUGGCUUCAAUGACUUCGUGCACAAGCUCGUGGCCACGGAUCACCACCAAGCCGUGUGUCAAAGCGCUGCCACGUGCACGUGCCCCUCCGUGUCUCCCACCAGCGUCGGCCCCAACACAAAGGCCGACCACGACAAUGGAAACAAACAGCAGCAGCAGACUGUGGCUCCAACCGAGAUGAUUAACCUGGGGCCAUCUGCAAACCCUCAUGCAAAACCAAGCGAUUUUGACUUCAUGAAAAUUAUUGGCAAAGGCAGCUUUGGAAAGGUUCUUCUGGCCAAACAUAAGGCCGAUGGGAAGUUUUUUGCUGUGAAAGUUCUGCAAAAGGAGUCCAUUCUGAAACGGAAAGAGGAGAAGCACAUCAUGGCGGAGAGGAACGUGCUGCUCAAGAACGUGAAGCACCCUUUCCUGGUGGGGCUCCAUUACUCCUUCCAGACUACCGACAAGCUCUACUUCGUCCUAGACUACAUCAACGGUGGCGAGCUGUUCUUCCACCUGCAGCGGGAGCAGUGCUUUGUGGAGCCGCGCGCGCGGUUCUACAGCGCUGAGAUGGCGAGCGCCAUCGGUUACCUCCACUCCCUCAACAUCGUCUACAGAGACCUGAAGCCAGAGAACAUACUAGUGGAUCAUGAGGGCCACCUCAAGCUCACCGACUUCGGGCUAUGCAAGGAAGGCAUCCUCCCCAACGACACCACCUCCACGUUCUGUGGAACCCCAGAGUACCUCGCCCCGGAGGUUCUACGCAAGCAAGCCUACGACCGCACCGUGGACUGGUGGUGCCUGGGCGCCGUGCUCUACGAGAUGCUCUACGGCCUGCCGCCGUUCUACAACAUGGACACGACGGUGAUGUAUGAUAACAUCCUGAACAAGCCGCUGCAGCUGCCACCCGUCACCACCAACGCCACGCGCUCCAUCCUGGAGGGGCUGCUGCAGAAGGACCGGGAGAAGAGGCUUGGCGCCAAGGGGGACUUUCUGGAAAUCAAGAACCAUGUCUUCUUUUCACCGAUCAACUGGGAAGACCUCUACAACAAGAAGAUUAAGCCUCCCUUCGACCCCAAUGUGCUGGGACCGUCGGACCUGAGCCACUUUGACCCGGCCUUCACGGAGGAGCCCGUGCCGGGCUCCGUGUGCCGCUCGGGCGAGGAGGAGGAGGCGCUGCGCAGCGCCCAGGAGGCUGACGACGCCUUUGUCGGCUUCUCCUACGCUCCCUCCUACAUGGAAUAGAGGGGCUGUGUGUGUGUGUGGAGUGGAGAGGGGCUGUGUGUGUGUGUGGAGUGGAGAGGGGCUGUGUGUGUGUGUGUGGAGUGGAGAGG